GUUGAAUUUGGUUGAAGCUUUUGUGGUGGAUCCAGAACUACGUCAGUGCCUUCAAGAAGAUCUCUUGCGUCGCUUCCCAGAUCUUAACCGGCUGGCAAAGAAAUUUCAGAGACAAGCAGCAAACUUACAGGACUGUUACCGAAUGUAUCAGGCUAUUAAUCAACUGCCUAAUGUUGUACACGCACUAGAAAAACAUGAAGGAGCUCACCAGAUGUUGUUGUUGGCAGUGUUUAUAACGCCUCUUAAUGAUAUCUACUCUGACUUCUCAAAGUUUCUGGAGAUGAUAGAAACAACAUUGGACAUGGAUAAGGUGGAGAACCAUGAAUUUCUUGUCAAGGCUUCUUUUGAUCCUAAUUUGACAGAAUUGAGAGAGAAAAUGAAUGAACUGGAAGAAAAAAUGCAGUCCUUUUUAAAGAGUGCAGCCAAAGAACUAGGUUUGGAGGCUGGCAAAAGUAUCAAACUGGAGACCAAUUCACAGUUUGGACAUCACUUUCGAAUAACUUGCAAGGAGGAAAAAGUUCUCCGUAACAAUUCGAAAUAUGGAAUAGUUGAUACGCAGAAGAAUGGUGUGAAAUUUACGAACAGCAAACUGAGCUCCGUCAAUGAUGAAUAUAUAAAGAACAGAGAAGAGUAUGAAGAGGCUCAGGAUGCAAUUGUUAAAGAAAUCAUUAACAUUGCUUCAGGUUAUGCAGAACCAAUACAGACGAUGAAUGAUGUGAUAGCUCAAUUAGAUGCAAUUGUCAGUUUUGCUCAUGUGUCAAACGGAGCACCAGUGCCGUAUGUUCGUCCUGUCAUUCUGGAGAAGGGACAAGGAAGGAUUGUGCUGAAAGGUGCCAGGCAUCCUUGCAUUGAAGUGCAAGAUGAGGUGGCCUUCAUCCCCAAUGACAUUACAUUUGAGAAGGGCAAGCAGAUGUUCCACAUUAUUACUGGCCCUAACAUGGGGGGAAAAUCAACCUACAUCCGACAGACAGGGGUGAUUGUUCUUAUGGCCCAAAUUGGGUGUUUUGUACCAUGCGACUCUGCAGAAAUAACCAUUGUGGAUUGUAUCCUGGCUCGGGUGGGAGCUGGAGACAGUCAGCUGAAAGGUGUGUCUACUUUCAUGGCUGAAAUGUUAGAAACUGCUUCCAUCCUUAGGACAGCAUCUGAAAACUCCCUGAUAAUCAUUGAUGAGCUGGGAAGAGGAACUUCUACCUACGAUGGCUUUGGCUUAGCAUGGGCUAUUUCAGAAUACAUUGCUAGCAAAAUCUGUGCUUUCUGUAUGUUUGCUACACAUUUUCAUGAACUGACAGCUCUUGCUGACCAAGUACCAACAGUAAAUAACCUACAUGUUACUGCUCUGACCAGCGAUGACACACUGACGAUGCUUUAUCGUGUCAAGGAAGGUGUUUGUGACCAGAGUUUUGGAAUACAUGUAGCAGAGUUGGCAGCUUUCCCAAAACAUGUGAUAGAAAGUGCAAGAGAGAAAGCAUUGGAGCUGGAGGAGUUUCAGAACAUUGGCAAGUCCAACGAAUCUGAAGGAGAGCCACCAGCCAAGAAAUUCUACAGGGAUUUAGAGGAAGGUGAAAAGAUAAUUCAGGAUUUUCUUUGUCAAGUGAAAGCAUUGCCCCUGACAGAUAUGUCAGAAGACGACAUCAAAAUCAAGCUGAAACAGCUGAGAAAUGAUGUGUUGGCAAAGAACAACAGUUUUGUGAAUGAAAUCAUUUCCCGAACAAAAGUUGCAUCAUGAAAAGUGUGAGAACAGGAUACAGUUCUUGAAGCAUGUUUUACAUGGAAGAACUAUCAUUAUUUUGUCUCGUAGCUUUUAUAGUUCAUGAUACUUGUACUGAUUUAUGUAGGCAUUUUUUUUCUUGGAUUGUAAUUAUUUUGUAAAAAAUUCUGAGCACGUUCUGUGCCAGAUUCCUGCUUUAGUUGUGAUCAUUGUGUCCUUUUAGAACUUUUCAAUAAAAUGCUUUUUCAGUAUUGA